UGAGGCCCGUGGGAUCACACUUUAAAAAGUUUUGCUAGCAAAAUAAUAUAUGAUAAAGGGGACCUGUAACACAAAUUCUAAUUGGUCUUAAUAAUAAAAACUUGGAGUCAGGUAAGCUGAAGGAUCAGAGAAGUAAAACAGCCAGCCACUGGAGAGUUCUAACCUCUACCAAUGCUUGGACUGAAAGGGCGAGAUUCUGUCUCUAUAAAUCUUCAGACUGAAUGCUGUCUCUAUGAAACCUCAGACUACAUCUCAGACUGAAUCCUCAGACUGCAUCCCCAGACUGCAUCUGAGCUCCCAUCUCUUCCCACCUUAUAUUCUCUCUCCACCCAGCCAUAUCACUCGUGUCUCUACCUCUCUUGUGCUGGGAUUAAAGACGUGUGAUCCCAAAUGCCGGGAUCACCUUUGCGAGGGCUCUGUUUCUGUUUUAGACAGAUUCAUGGCCUUGAACUCAAAGAGAUCCCUCUGUCUCUGUCUCCCGAAUGCUGGGAUGAAAGGUGUGUGCCACCACUGUCUGUUGCUAACCUGUGGCUUAGCUCUGCACUGUUAGGCAAUCUUACUUGUUAGAUUACAAACAAAAUAUCACUACAGGGACCCAGGAAGGGAGAUGGCUCAGUUGGUGAAGUACUUACCACUCAAUUAGGAGAACGUGAGUUUAAUUUCCAGAACCCACAAAAAGCCAAGUUUUAUGCACUUGUUAUCCCAGCACUAGGGAGGUGGAGAUGGGCUUAUCCUUGGGACUCACUGAGUAUACAGCCUAGCCUACUCAUUGAGUUCCAGGCUAAUAUGAACUCAUAAAGCAAAGUGGGUGGUUCUUUAGGAAUGACACCCGAGGUUGAACUCUGGCCGCUACAUACACCAAUUAUUUGGUAAAUAAAAACUACUGGAAGUCACUGUAGUAAGGUUCCUAUGCUAGUCCCUAAUAUACCCUGAAUAAAUAAAGAUGGAGUCAUUCAUGUAAAAGUUGUAUAUCACCAAGCUGAAACUCUCAGUUGAUUUUUGACUUCCUGGGAUAUUAGGAUUAUAGCAACAACUGUGAAACCUCCCCCAUACAGAUUUGGUGGCUGAGGAAGGAACCCAGAGACUCCUUGAACAACGAAACGAAGGCAAGUCAAAAUGGUUUCAAUCCCAGAAUACUAUGAAGGCAAGAAUAUCCUCCUCACAGGAGCUACUGGUUUCUUAGGGAAGGUGCUUCUGGAAAAGUUGCUGAGAUCUUGUCCUAAGGUGAAUUCAGUCUAUGUUUUGGUGAGACAGAAAGCUGGACAGACACCGCAAGAGCGUGUGGAAGAAAUCCUUAGUGGCAAGCUUUUUGACAGGUUGAGAGAUGAAAAUUCAGAUUUUAGAGAGAAAAUUAUACCAAUCAACAGUGAACUCACCCAACCUAAACUCGCUCUCAGUGAAGAAGAUAAGGAGGUCAUUAUAGAAUCUACCAAUAUCAUAUUCCACUGUGCAGCUACUGUAAGAUUUAAUGAAAAUUUAAGAGAUGCUGUUCAGUUAAAUGUGAUUGCUACACGACAGCUUAUUCUCCUCGCACAGCAAAUGAAGAAUCUGGAAGUGUUCAUGCAUGUGUCAACAGCAUAUGCCUACUGCAAUCGAAAGCAUAUCGAUGAAGUGGUUUAUCCUCCCCCUGUAGAUCCCAAGAAGCUGAUUGAUUCUUUAGAAUGGAUGGAUGAUGGCCUAGUAAAUGAUAUCACACCAAAAUUGAUAGGCGACAGACCUAAUACAUACAUCUACACCAAGGCAUUGGCAGAAUAUGUUGUACAACAAGAAGGAGCAAAGCUAAAUGUUGCCAUUGUAAGGCCAUCGAUUGUUGGUGCCAGUUGGAAAGAACCUUUUCCAGGAUGGAUUGAUAACUUUAAUGGACCAAGUGGUCUCUUCAUUGCGGCUGGGAAAGGAAUUCUUCGAACAAUGCGUGCCUCCAACAAUGCCCUUGCAGAUCUUGUUCCUGUAGAUGUAGUGGUCAACACAAGCCUUGCUGCAGCCUGGUAUUCUGGAGUUAAUAGACCAAGAAACAUCAUGGUGUGUAAUCGCACAACAGGCAGCACUAAUCCUUUCCACUGGGGGGAAGUUGGUAUGAUUUUAUCUAUGUUUUUGAAUGUUAGAACGUAAAGCAUUCACUGACUUUUUUAAAUGAGGUAUUGGGGCCACUGAGUUACAAAGUUAUUCUUAUUUUAGUUACUGUUUUAGAAUAACUACCAAUCCUGCCUUGUGGACACCUUCAAUGUUUCACAAUGUAAGAAUAGCCUGAUGUAUGUCUCCAUUCACCUAGUGAGACCCUAGCUGUUCUCUUGUCAUCUGCAACACUCUCAUAGACUACCUAUGGCUUAAAUGAGUACACUCAGGUCUUACGUUGCCAGUCUGUAGGUAAUAUUUACACCUAUAAGAGUAGGUUUAUCAGUUGGUCCCCAGAGUUUUAAAUGAAGGAGUUAGGAAGUAGGAUACUUUUUGCCAGACUACAUUCUACCAAAGUAAAAGAUCUAUAACAAGUAGAACAUUUGUUAACUAGCUCUAAAAUAGGCUAGUAAAACUUGAAGAUGAUUGAAGGCAAACUCUUUUUAAAUUGAGUCAGAUAUAAAUAUUUAUGACUUUCUUUUUAAAAUCUUUUAUUUCCAAUUGAAUUUUUGCUAUUCUAAAUAAUUUUGUUUUUAAAGUAAAUUGGUUCUGGGGAUCAGUCUACCCCUUUCCUCACCCAUCCACAGAGUCAAGCACUCUACCACUUCAUUCCUGGUCCUUAUUUCUGCUUUGCUUUGUUUUUUUCAAUAUAAAAAUCUCACUAUGUAGCUCAAACUGACCUGGAAUUUGCAAUAUAGUUCUGGCUGGCAUCCAACUUUCUAUCCUCCUGCCUCAGCCUCACAAGAACUGACAUUAUAGUCAUACACCACCACACCUUAAAGCAGUCUUACUUGAUAUUUGUACUAGGGUUUUUCUGUGCCAUUUUUAUUUAAAUUUAAGGAUUGACUGGAGUAUGUAAGAAAAAACUCUAUAGUGAUUUCACAAUUUUAAGUCAUGGUCCUUCAGGGAUAUUAAAGCAUCUUAAGUAAGUGAGGUUUUUAUACACUUUGUUGUGUUGUACAGUUUUGUGAAAAAUCAAAUUCCAUAUUACACAUUUCCAUUAAAAUAUUAACAUAGAAGAUACCAAGUUUGAUUGUGUUGAUGUUGAAUAACCUAAGUAAACUACAGCAGAGGUUAUUUUGGGGUUGUUUUAAGCUUGUAUGAUGUGUCUUAAUUUGAAUAAAUCAUAAGCAAAGGA